CCCCAGGGCCAUGUCUCUUGAUAUAUCCGAUCGCAAAUUGUGAGCCAUGCCAAUUCGACUUGAACGGUGGAUAUGCUGAUUAUGUACAAGAGGUCUUGAUGGAGCCAUCUCUGCCCAGACUUCUGUCUUUGGACAAGCGCCACAACGCUUUCGACGAGAGCGUCAAGGAAGCGGCCGCUAUUGCGGGCAUCUCUUUGACCGGCCGAGAUGAAAACGUGGAGUGCAAAAGUCCUGAAGCAAGGCCGUCACGAACCCGUGCAGAAUUUGCCCUUCGAUGGGUGCUGGAUAAGCUCAAGACGAGCGAGGGCCGCCUGGCUUGUCAGCAGUCUCAGCUGGUAUGGCCUUUUCUUCGCCAGCUCCUCCAUGUGGUACCUGCUGCAGUACUCGCAAGAAACGCACACUCGUGUGCCUUUGUAAAGAAUCUGAGGGCGUUUCUUUCCGAGAGCGAGAAAAAAUUGGCCGCAGCAGAACCUGCAAGCCCCCAUGCCGCGGUUGCGGGCCAGAAGAUGCAGAAGAAACGUAAGAGGGGUGAGAAGGAAACGAUCCAACCUUCUCAAUCAGCCUCAACGCCAGAAAGUACUUUGCAGAGCCUGCAAGAUGCUAUUCUAGGUGUAAUCUCUGUCUUGCGCUGCAUGCUUAGACUUGCAACCGGGGAAGACGGAACCACUGAUCGUGCUAGUCGAGAGCAGCUAUCGUCGGCAUUGAGAGCAAAUCCGGAGGAUGCAGCGUAUAUUCUUGAUGCUUGGCUGCGCUGUCUCAAACAAAUGCUGCCACGAACCGCGACGAAUGAGGACGUUCUCACUGCACAUCAUGCCAUCCUUUGCCUGUGGUCUUCUCGAUCGCUGGAACAAAACGACGAGACUGGCGAAUCGCCAGAGACGUUCUCGAAUUCAUGUUUGGUGUCAUCUGUUCGACUUCUGCGUACGAUUCACGAUUGGACGGACCCUACUCCGAUUAUCGUGAGCAUCGGGGUUUCGUUGGAACAGCUUCUGGCCAAACAUGUCUUCGUUCCUGCCCGCACCUUGUUUGACUCUGCACAGUCAGCUAAACAUCCGGAUAUCCAGCGAUCUCGCGCUCCGCUGAACAGGUUUCUGGAACCAGUCCGAUCGGCGAUUGUCGACGAUCUCACCCGCACUCCGUCGGCGAACGAGCUGCUGGUCGCGCUCCCAAAACUUUUGGAUUUGGCCAUUCGUCUCUCUCCCCAUUCAAUCCCAUCUCAGAGGAAUGCUCAGAUACUCUGGUUCGAGAGCGUUUUCGCAGCACUAUCAGCCUGUGCCAUGGAGCCGAUUCCUCACAGCACUGAGGUGGCGAAUUCCACACAUCCCAACUCUUCGCCUCUGACUCCGAUGCUACGAAUUCUUAAAGAUCGAAAUGUGCAGCUCAGCAACGAUUUUCUAGAAAGCAUACUGGUUGGAUAUAGUGGCUUGAGCGGCCUUCGCAAAGGCUCCCAUCCCUUGCGUCUCGAUGUCACUGCUGCUCUUUUAGACCUCAACGGCGCCAUCUUUCUCAUUGAAAACGCAGCUGUAAAAGACAUGAGUCUACCUGUUGUACACGCUGGUCAGCCGCCCUAUGUAGAAGCCCUGGUUGGUAGCUUGUCUCAAAUCUCAUGGUCCGGAAACGAUGCUACUCCAAUCGAAAGUCAUGCUGGACCAAGUACUGAAUUUGGGGUCUGUAGCAUACUCAUUCCCCUUCUUCGAGCAUACGCAUCUGCGCGAAAACUGGCAUCUUUUGUCGCCUUGUGGUUCUGGGAGGUGCGACGGCAGUGGAAGACUAUCCUAAAUCCCAAGCUUGAACCUCAGUCCCCGUGGAUUUCGCGCCAACUUCUCCAAAGGUUCCGAGAUCAUCUAGAGCAAAGCUUGUCCAGCGUGCGUGUUGGAGAGCUGCUUGUCGAGUUUAUCCUUCCGGUCAGGCAGCUUGUCGAUGAAGCUUCAAGUAAAUCAUCAAAAGCUCUCGACUGGCAAUCUCUUCCAACCGCUGCCCCAGCUUGUGCAGCCCUCGUAAUGCUAGACAUGCUGCUGCAUAGUGUUGAACGUGAGGAAACCUUGAGAAAUAACCCCGCAGCAUGGAAUGCAUUAAAAGAUCUACCGGAUAGACUGGCAAUUCUAGAUAUGGAAGGACUUCCUGUAAAGGAGACAGUCUGGUCAGUUUUGACCAGGGUGUAUAAGUUUUGGCUCUGGGUCGAUGGGAAAAUUGCAUUUCUAGAGCGACAGAGAUUUCUCCUCGACGGCUCUGAUGUGUUUAAAAGGGCUCUUGACCAGGCCGGUUCAAACUUGGACGCGCUAGCUGCGAAUGAGCUUGUUGUUACUGUUUGUGGGUUUGAGCUCGAUAUGUCACUACAGGGCAAAGCUGCGGAAGCCUUGAAAAUGUCGAACGAGGGUCUCCUUCAGGCAAUUGACGGAUCCGUCGACGAAUCCGACGUGGCAGUGCGUUUGUCCCAGACUAUUGCGCUAUGCGUUCAGUAUCCUGCUCUCUUUUCACUCAUGGAAAAAUAUCGGGUUCGGCUCUUUGACGCUUUCAUCCGGGCAGUCGCUCAAUCUAAGCAAGGUGCAACAAAGCAGCUUCUUGAUGCGCUCGUCAGUAGUCUAGUUGAUGAUGAAUCGGCAAGUCUUCGAGAUUUUAUCUCAGUUCUUACCGAUCUGUCCACAUCUGGAAAUGAUUCAGUGCUUGUGACGCUGGCCAUUGAUUGUUUGCUUGCAAUUCCACCUUCGCUCAUUCCUCGACCUCGAAGAGAGCAUCUUCUUGACGAAGUUGCAUGUCUUCAGCAAACCAGUUCCGCUGACGAGCAGUCAAAGGAUAGUAAGGCAUUCCUUUCACAACGGAUUGCGUUGCUUGUGAGGCUAUUGUCUUGUCCAAACCCUACGGCAAGGCUUUGUAUCGAGCCCCUCAAGGCAUACCAGAUUGCGGAUACACUUGAAAGCUCAUUAUGCGAAUUAGAAGGGGCCCAAUGCACUCGACUUCUGCAGUCGAUUGAUGACCUCUUUACUCUCGUCACAACUCAUGCGCUCCAAAAUGCAACUGAAGAGAGACAGAGAGCAUACUUUGAUGCGUUCAUAGGCAUGGCUAAAGAUCGCUUAAACCGUGCUCUCAAAAAAUCCACAUCUAAACCAUCAAGUUUCAGUCUCGCCGCUGUUACUUUGCUUACCAAAAGCUUUCUAAUAUCUGCUGCUGGCAUUGGUCGAUUUGGAGACCAAUGCACUGAAUUGCGCGAGCAAAUAUUCUCACUAUUGGAGAGAAAGAAAACCCAAGUCGCACAUGAUGACGCGUGGACAUGGCUUGCACGCCGAACAGUACUUGGCCUCGCAAGAAUUUCUAGCAGCGACUUUAACACGAAAGCGCAACAUUUGCUCGAAAAAUGUCGCAGAAAAGGGGAUAUCUCUGCCGCAAUGGAGAUUGAAAGUGUUUUCAACUCGAAUUUCACAGUCAAACCUCAUCUUACCGCAUUUAGCGCCAAUCUACGAGCUCAAGAAUACUGCAGAAUCUUGAACAUAUUUGACCGUCAGGCUUCACAAGCUCGAAUCCAACAGAAGUUAGAAAUGAUAGAGGACCUGCUAGACAGCGACAGCGUUGAUCGACUACAGUUACUGCACAUUGUGAUAAAACAUCUGUCCCCGGACGAAGUCAGCGAUCUCGACGCUCGAAAACAAAUAUUGGUCCAGGUGUGUCGGAUCCUCGCACAAACGAAUGACAUUAAGCAAUUUGGAUCUGCGAUAGGAUGCAUCAGCACUAUUUUACGAUUGAAGACGUUCCUGGUUACCCAGCAAGGUAUCGAUACCCUGCUCCAAACGCUCACAACGAUCUCCUCGUCACAAUCUCCACAUUUGCCUGUCGAUUGUGCCGGAGUCAUCUACAGUCGUCUCUGUCAAGUUGCUACUUCCAUUAUCCUUUUACAUAGACGGCGACUUGGCGGUCGUAUGCAUCUCAUUGUGGGACUGUUACAGAAUCUUUUAAGCUGUCUGUAUACCCCCCAUCGAUAUGAGGUUCUCGCCGCAACGACACGUCCAGCUUGGCUGCAGGGGGCGAAGGUUCUUGGUGUUGACGCCGCAAACUCAUUUACUCGCGUCGUGACAACACUAUGCUCGCCCACUGUCUCAUCCACUGUUUCACAUCGAGGCUUCAAAAUGACCGACAUAGGACUGGUUGACGAGACAAAGAAAGCGAAAGAGUAUGCAGGUCAAUACGUUUCCUAUAUUCUGUUACAUUACUGCACGCUACAACUGCAAGGAAGUACACCUUCGGAGGUAGCAGAAAAAUUAAAGAUUGGUCUAUGGGCGAUAAUGGAGGUGGUCAACAUUGAGACUAUGCGCGGCAUGAAUGCAGGUAUGGGGCGAGAGGAGCGAAUUGUAUGGGGUGCUUUGUUUGCAGAGUGGAACAGACUAGGAAGAUUCAAGUUGAGCUGAUAGCAUAACGCAUGGUCUAGUCAAGCUUAGGUUUGACCUAGCCGUGUUCUAGAUGUCAACACUAUGAUGCAGAGGAUAGUCUUUCAGAAGCCCCUGAUGUCUUCCAAGAACUCCGGGCUGCGAGAACAGCAAAAUUUAAUGCGAAGCAUAUGAGAGAGCACAAUCUGGUGAAUAGAUAGGGAUGGAGAGACUCUGACGCAGUCGUUUCAACAUGCCUAUGUGUUUCGCGAGACUGGUUACGAACAUGGGACGAGUCAAAAUGCAUUCGAUG